AUGCGUGAUUUGAAAAAACGACAGUUGUAUGUUUGUAAAUGGAGAUUUCUGCCUUCAGAAAGCUCACAGUUUCAAGGCUCACUCCAAGGAUAUGUUGGACCAAACCUAAUCAACACUGGUAAUCUUCUGAAAAAUAAAACAAGGCCAAGAUCUGUACGAGACCAAUGUGCGAAACAAUCCACAGAAAAAAAGUUAUCAACUGCAAGACUUGAAGAAUAUGAAAGCCAGCUAUUAAAACGUCCUCUGUUAUUAUUUCCAUAUUUAGUUCAGAAUCUUCCUUAUUCUAUGUCGAAAACAGUAAUCGAUUUACUGGAUCGGGAACAUAAAGGACCCUUGUUAGAUACAGUGAAGUUAGCAAAACAUCAGAAUGAUAUUGACAUGAUAAAUAGAAGAAAGAGUGAAAGAAAAUCAACCAGCCAACUAAACAGUAGUUUAAGCAAAUCUCCUGAUAAUAAUAUAAGAAGCCCUACGAAUUUAGUAAAACCAAAAAUUGAAGUUGAAGAUUCCAUUGAACCAGAAAUGUUUACAGAGAAUCCAUCCCUCAGAGAAGAAACAUAUGCAUUUUGUGAAUUUAUUGCAAAUUUAGAUGGCUUAAAAAAUUACAAUCCUGAGCCGACAACAUUAGCAAGUCUGUUCGCUGGAACACAUGAAGCACAACCACCAGUAUCAACACCGAUUAAUGUAGUUGAUUUAUUAAAUCUACCAGAAGAUUUAAGAAAGUCUGUUAAAGAACCACCAAAUUUAUUCAAUGAAAAGCAUUCGAUUAACGAUUCAAAAUGUUUACCUAGAAUAAUGAAAUCGAAUGCAGCUAAAAGACAAGAACAGCAUUUUGAAAGAUUACGCUAUGGAGCUUGGUAUAUUCCACCGAAACAAUGGAAAGUUACUAAAUGUGAUAAUGAUAAGAAUGCUUCAAAAGAGAAAAUCCAUAACAGUAACCUUGAAAAUACGAAAAUUAAAACACACAAAGAAUUAGUAAAUAGUUUAAAUCACAGAAUGAAAGAAACUCAUGGUUAUAACGCUUUUAUGGAAUUUAUAGAAAGUAAAAACGAACGUUUACCUGAGUUUAUGAAGAUCUCGACGAACUAAUCCUGUAGAAGACUAUUCAACACACAUAUAUCAACUGGAAAUCUGCGAAAUCAAGCUGAUAACAUUUUUUUUCCCGAAUAUUUUUUGAACCUACAUAAAUAACUUAAAUUGUACUUGUUAUUGCCAAUAACC